AUGAAGACGCCGUUUUCAGGAAGUCAGUCGUCCAUCAUUGCCGAUCUCGGUAAACUAAUUGUCGACAAUUGCCCACCCAUGCUUUGUACCGGACUCGAUUGCGCUGUGGUUACGGAAAGGAAUGGCUGUCAGUUAUGUGCUUGUCCGAUUGGUUCACCAGCCCGAGGAUGUGAUCCGAUGCCAUUCAUACUCUGGCAUGACCUGAUCGUCAAUGGUUGCCCGAAUGUAACGUUGAAUAGUCGCGAUCCUGCGCAGAAAGUUCAUCGUUGGUUCAGAAGGGUGAAUCGUUUCACUAAUACUGACCAGUGUGAACCAUACAUCUUCCCGUAUUGUCCCGAACUCGAUUUCAAUCUAUGGAGGUCUCCACGAACUAAGCAGGUGAGCCAUUUCCUAAUUUUCUUGGACAAUAACCAGUAG